GUUUGAGACUUCACAGAUGUGAGUUCAAUCCAAUCCAGUGUUUUGCUAUAAAGCUGGAACAUCAGCUGAAUUGUCAUUUGCAAAUUUUCUCGUUAUUCAGUCCUGUCUUCUGUUAUCAUUUUUAGGACUGUCCAAACAUCAUUUUCAGGACAAGUCCCAAGCCACCUCCUGCUGUCAGACAGGAAUUGGAUGUUCUAAUCUUGGAAUGGUGAUAGGUGCACUGAUCGUAGCUCACAGAACAGCAUUUCCUCAAGUGGAAAGGGGUUUCCAGAACUUAUUGUGAAGAAUAUGGUGAGCAUCCCUGAUGCGAAGUGUACAGGGGAAUUUGAGGUAAGAAUCCGUAGUAAUUAUAAGCUGGAAAUUGAAACUCUUUAUGGAUGCACAGAUACCAUAAUCUUCCAGUCAUCUAUCUCCUGCACACUGUUAGUGACUGACCAAAGUUACUGAUGGCAAUGGUAAGCAAUCGCUCCUUAACCUUUGAUCUGUCUGUAGCAUGUUAACCAUGCAUGGAUACAUAAUGGAUUAAUAUUGAAUUGAAUAGAACGUCUUUGUAUAUGCACAAGGCACUAAAUCAUUAUAUUUUUAGAGGUCAUGGUUUAUUUGCUAGAUAGCAGAGUCAAACAGUAUCUGUGUUGAGACGUUAAGCUGUACUGUAUGUACCUGUGCAAAUAUUGCUGAGUAGCAAAUUAGGUACAAUGUGACCUGCCUGACCAAUGUGAGCAUAAGUGACAAAGUGUGUACAACAUGUUUAUGCUUGUUGAUCAAAACAAGUAUCUAAAGAUGCUAGAAAUCUAAAAUUAAAAAAUAGAUGUUUUUAUUAUUGAAGAUAAUAAAUGGUUGAUUAAGAGUCAACCAUAAAGUGCUGUGACAGGGACAAACCCUUUUACAAAGGCCACACAAGCUUUUUGUUUGGAAGGGGGAACAACAAGGCUUUUGUGAUAAAAUAUUUUAAUGGACAACAUUAAGCAUUUUGGAGAGAUGUGACAAAUCAAAUCAUGUCAAAAAAUGAUUAUAUCCAGUGGAAAACCUGCUUCUACAGAAUUGUAAGGAAAAGCCUUGAACCUUGAUGCUGUCAUCAGAAGCAAGUCGAAUUCUGGUCUUCAUUAGAAUGAAUGGGAAAAUUGCAAAGUCCCUGGAGAUAAUUCAAUGUGGAGUAUCGCUGGAUGUCUUUUACUUGAUAGCAUCACCUUGAAGCUAGGGUAGUGCAGGCUUUUCACAAGCUCAAUGAAAAUUUAAAAAUAAGCAAACUUAUCAUAUAAAUGAACUAAACCAAAGGAACAUCAUUAUUUGGAACUUGGAAGAUGAGUAUGAACAUAGAAUGUGGAAUCACAUUCAUAGAUCAUAUUUAUGAUGUCAUUACGACUAUCUUAAGCUGGAUAGUCUGAAUGACAAUACUCACUUCUUUUGUCCUUUGUAUGAAUUUGCAUGCUUGGGUUGAAGCACCGUACAAGGUAUUCUGUCAAGGUGCAUAAUGGCUUGGUUUGGCAAUUGCUCUAUGCAUGACUAAGAACUUCAAAGAGUUGUGGACACAGCUCAGCACACAGGAACAAGCCUUCCUUCUGUGGUCUCUAUCUAUACUUCUCACUGCCCCAGUAAAGUAGCCAACAUAAUCAAAGACUCCACCUAUCUCAGACAUUCUUACUAGUCUCUUCUGCCAUUGUGCAGAGGACACAAAAGCCUGAAAUCAUGGCCAACCAGGUUCAAGGGCAGCUUCUAUCCCGGUGUUAUCAGACUGGUGAGUGAUAAGUUGGACUCCUGGCCUCACAAUCUACCUCGCUGUCAUUUUGCACUUUAUUGUUUACCUGCACUGCACUCUUUCAGUAGCUUUUAUACUUUAUCCUGCGUUGUUAUUAUUUUAUCUUAUUCCAGCCCAAUGCACUGUGUAAUGAUUUGUUCUGUAUAAGCAGCAUACAAGACAAGCUUUUCACUGUAUCUUGGUACAGGUGGCAAUAAUAAACCAAAUAUCAAUAUAUCAGCAGAGAGAUCGUAUUUUAAGUACUAGCCAAACAAUAUAAUUGUUCCGUGAUCAGAAAUAUGAACAAUGUACCUAUAAUUUACAGCGCAUCAUUAGUCGAUAUUUACUGUGGGGACAUUGUCUGGAGAUGAUCCCUUUGUUGCAGUUCUGUUUGUUUUUCUCUGAGGCAGUUCUUAGUCUGAUCCGUAUUCUUCCAAACGGUGACGAAAUGAAAAAGGAAGUGGACAGAGCUCUUGAUGCAGUGAGUGACUCAAUGACUCCCAUGAUGCACCACUUAAGGGAGCUUAUCCUCAACACUUAUAAGAAGGUAAUUAUCAUUUUUGCUUACAAAAGAAGCUGUAUUUCCCACGGUCAACAGAUGAUUACGGCAUGUUUACUUUCCAUUCACUAUUAUGUUGACAGUAUAGGGACUCAAGUGACCUGAAGGUGGCUAAAGCAGGGAUCCAAGUGAGAACUGGUAGGAAGUGGAGGGCAGAGGAAGCUGUUCAGGAGGCAGAGGUGAGGCUGCAUCACAGGAGGCUGGUGGAAGUGGUCACACGAGGCCGAGCUGGGCUAGGAUCCUUUCCAACUCCCCAAAUGGACACCAGAGGGAAGGAAAGCCAUCGUCUAGUUCAGGAGGAGGUGAGAGCAGUAGUGGAGGAGAUGAGAGCCUGCAAGGCGGUGGGAAUGAAGCAACAGGGAGCUUGGACAAGAUGGGAGAAUGCAGUUGAGAGGAAAGUGACCUGGGCUGAUCUUUGGAAAGCCGAACCACACUGCAUCCUUUUUCUUAUCCAGGCAGUGUAUGAUGUACUUCCAAGCCCAUCAAACCUGCACACAUGGGGCAAAGCAGAGUCAUCUGCGUGCCCACUGUGCUCCAAGCGAGGAACCCUGGAGCACAUCCUCAGCGGCUGUGCAAGGGCACUUGGUGAGGGACGGUACCGAUGGAGGCAUGAUCAGGUCCUGAAGACCAUCGCUGAAGCCGCCAGUGCAGGAGUUGAGUGGGUGAAGCGGUCCCGACCCUCCAGGCAGACCAUUGCCUUUGUCAGAGCUGGGGAGCAGCCAAUACCCGCCAAAAGAACAUCUGCAGGCAUUCUGACCUCUGCAAGAGACUGGCAGCUGUUGGUGGACCUCGAAGGGCAGCUGAAGUUCCCCAACCAUAUCGCAGCCACCACCCUGCGACCAGACAUUGUCCUAGUGUCUGAGUCUACUAAGCAAGUGGUGCUGCUGGAGCUGACAGUCCCAUGGGAAGAUAGCUUGGAAGAGGCCUUUGAAAGGAAGCUCUCCAAGUACGCAGGACUGGUCAGCAACUGUCAGCAGGCUGGAUGGAGAGCGAGGUGUCUCCCAGUGGAGGCUGGUUGUAGGGGAUUCGUAGCCCGUUCCUUAGUUAGAGCCUUCAGCAUUUUGGGCAUCGAGGGAGAGAGGAAGAGGAGAGCCAUCCGCAGUACCACCGAUGCAGCAGAGAGGGCCUCAAGAUGGCUGUGGCUCAAAAGAGGGGAGCCAUGGAGUCAUAAGUAGCUAGCCAUCUGGACACAAGCUGGGGUCUGGUCAGCCCCGGCUGGGUCACCUGGAGGAGGUUGUAUGAUGUUGAAAGACCUGAAACACCCGAUGAUUCCAGGAACAUCACUGAAGAUGUGUCCAGAAGCAUCAAUAGAUGUAUGUGCACAGUUGACAGUUUAUUCAAUUCAUUUAUUAGACUUAAUGUUCACCAUGUUUGCUUGUCAUUGAAACUGAUCAUGUGACCUGCUAGAUUUGUAAGUGAUCUCACACUGGGUCUCCAACCCAUACAAAUGUCUUCUAAUGUGAACUCUCAAUUGGAGGCCUUAAUACCAGAGGACCUCUCCACCACUGCACUGCUGGGCCACCAAUAUUGAAGGGAGACCCCAUUUGAGUAAUGUUGUUUUCCUGCUUAUCUGCAGCUGGACUACAAGAAGAAUGGUUUAUUGGCAAUUUUGUAUGGGAAUGGAAUUAUAAUGGAAAUAAUUCAUGUGCAAAAAAGAGAGCAAAGAAUUAAUCCAGCAAGGUUCAGACAAUGCAGAGCAGAAGAUGCAUUUUAUCUGGAACACAGCUAUCUACAUUAUAUUUCUAUUGUCCAAGCACUCCCAUGUUGCUGCCAUUCAGGUAACAAGUGCUCACCCCUGUAGAAUCCACAAAUCACAACCCAAAAUUCUGAGAUACAAAAUCAAAUUCACUUUCAUGGAAUUUAAGACAAAAAGGUCAAAUAAUAAAUGCAAAAAUUUACUUAUUUCAACAAAUUAUUUGCAUAUUUCAUGGCUUCACGUUGUGGGAAACUGUGCUGUUCAGUGUUUUCUAGGAGCAACCCUCAAUCCCCUUCCAAAAUGCAGAGGUCACCUGUAUGAGGAAGAAAUGCAGUCACUGGGAGAUCAUGCAUAAUCCUGACAGAUAAUGCAGGAGUUCAAGAUUAGAUCAAGUUUGCAGGAGCUCUGAGGCAGGAGUUAUACUUGGUGUUUCAUUCUACUUCCAAACUGACAAAUAAUAAAGCUCAUACUGCUCCCCUACAACUGGCCCAAAGACACUGCAUAGGCAGUGUGGAAAGAUAUGGAUCACUACAGUGAGCUGAGGAAAAGAACGGAUUAUUAGACUGAGAGUAGAAUGCCAGCUUUGCCUCAAUAACAUAAUUUUGAGUUAUAAGGUAUCUGGGUUCAAACCUUACUCUAAGCACUUGAGUACAUUAUCGUGACAGAUGCACUACUUCACACUGAAAGACUUGCACCAUUAGGCUUGCUAUCUUUAAAGUGAGAUAUUGAACUGAUUUGCAAUCUCAUUGUGAAGUGAAAUGUAAAUAUUUUCUGGGCACUACAUUAUUAAAAAUGAAUCCCCUUCUCGCAAUUCCUCCGUCUCCGCUGCAUCUGCUCUCAGGAUGAGGCUUUUCAUUCCAGGUCGAAGGAGAUGUCCUCCUUUUUUAAAAAAAAGUCUUCCCUUCCUCCACCAUCAACUCUGUUCUCAAAUGCAUCUCUCCCAUUUCACGCACAUCUGCUCUCAUCCCAUCCUCCCACCACCCCACUAGGAAUAGGGUUCUCCUUGUCCUCACCUACCACCCCACCAGCCUCUGGGUCCAACAUAUAAUUCUCCCUAACUUCAGACACCUCCAAUAGGAUCCCAUCACCAAGCACAUCUUUCCCUCCCCACUCAUUCUGCUUUCCACAGGGAUCACUCCCUAUGCGACUCCCUUGUCCAUUCCCCUCAGGAUCAAUAAAGUAUAUCUAUCUAUCUAUAAUUAAUUCCCCCUUCCCUUCCCACCGAUCUUCCUCCCGGCACUUAUCCUUGUAAGCGGAACAAGUGCUACAUGUACCCUUACACGUCCUCCCUCACCACCAUUCAGGGCCCCAGACAGUCCUUCCAGGUGAGGUGACACUUCACCUGUGAGUCAGCUGGGGUGAUAUACUGCGUCCGGUGCUCCCGAUGUGGCCUUCUAUAUAUUAGUGAGAGCCGAUGCAGACUGGGAGAUCGUUUUGCUGAACACCUAUGCUCUGUCCACCAGAGAAAGCAGGAUCUCCCAGUGGCCACACAUUUUAAUUCCACAUCCCAUUUCCAUUCUGAUAUAUCUAUCCACGGCAUCCUCUACUGUCAAGAUGAAGCCACACUUAGGUUGGAGGAACAACACCUUAUAUUCCGUCUGGGUAGCCUCCAACCUGAUGGCAUGAAUAUUGACUUCUCAAACUUCCGUUAAUGCACCUCCUCCCCUUCACACCCCAUCCCUUAUUUGUUUAUUUAAUUUUUUUAAAUAAAAUUUUGUACUUUCCCCCUUUUUUCUCUCUCUCUUUUUUCUCCCUCUGUCCCUCUCACUAUAAAUCCUUGCCUGCUCUCCACCCUCCAGGCUCCCUUCCCCCUUUCUCUUUCUCCCCAGGCUUCCCGUCCCAUGAUCCUCUCCCUUCUCCAGCCUGGUAUCCCUUUUGCCAAUCAACUUUCCAGCUCUCAGAUCCACCCUUCCCAUCCUGUCUCCUCCUGUCAUUUCAGAUCUCCCCCUCCCCCUCCCACUUUCAAAUCUCUUACUAUCUCUUCUUUCAGUUAGUCCUGACGAAGGGUCUCGGCCCGAAACCUCGACUGUACCUCUUCCUAUCGAUGCUGCCUGGCCUGCUGUGUUCACCAGCAACUUUGAUGUGUGUGUUACUAUUAUUACAAACAAGUUGGCAGAGUUUUUCCAAGUAACUUACCCAAUAUUUAUCCCAAAAACAACUUCAAUAAAACAUACGUACAUUAUCUGCAUAUUAACUACUGUUGGAAGUUGAAGCAUUAAUUUUGGUUACUGCAUUUACUUUUUCUAAACCUUUCUAUGCACUGCUUGACUUUGUUAUCAGGAAAGUUUGGGGAGGUGAGCAGGAAAAGUGUACUUUGUGCUUUCAAUGUUGAUCAGUGACCUUGCAAGGAUAUGAAUCAGCACAGUACAAUGAAAAACUACUGGAUAACAUGUCAAUAAUGACAGAGUGAAGAUUGUUUAAAAAUAAGCUUUGACUGGGGUUUGAAUUAUAUUCUUCAUAAUGACCAAAUAAAACAUAAUAUAGAUUUUGAAGGAAGACAAAGGAACAAAAUUCCCUGAAACAUCUUUGAUUCCAUUAAGGAUGACAUGGAGAAACUGCAUCUUUGUCAUUGUAAAGUUGGAGGAAAGGUUACAAUUUUGUAUCUUAACAUUCAUCUCCACUUUUCCAUACUUGAAAGGUUCUAUUAGCAAUGAUGAGUUCAUUCUGUCUUUUUACAAUGCAGAUUAUCUCUGGUUUUGUUCAUUUUGAACUUCUGUCUGUCACUUUUGCUGAGUCUUAUGAAUACCGAACGUUGCUGAUAUUGGGAGUUUACAGGGAGUUGCCAGGUAUUGCUGAGGAUCAAAUGAUGAUAGUCUGCCUUUGUAGUCAUUCAGUUUACACAGUGAUAAUCACCUUCUUGAUUUUGCUAAUAUCUAAACUGCCAAAACAGGAUUGUGAUACAAAGCCUCCUGUAGUUACAUUCCCAGCUGUGAAAUCAAUUUAACAAUGCAUGUGGUUUAGUGGAUUAGAUGAAUCAUGUGAUCAUCUCAGGAUGAAAGGUUGGAAAAAUGUUAGAUAUACACCAGACAAGGUUAAACUGGUGGUACAUUUGUAUUGAGAUAGUCAACUAGAAGACCAGUUUUAUUUAAACACUUAAUUUUUAAGUUUAUAGCACAUUAUCCAAAAACAGGGAAGUGAUAUGAUUAACAAGAGAAAGUCUGCAGAUUCUGGAAACCCAAGCAACACACACAAAAUACUUGGAGGAACUCAGCAGGCCAGGCAGCAUCUAUGGAAAAAAGUACAGUCGACAUUUUAGGCCGCAACCCUUUGGCAGGACACAAUUUUUGAUCCUUUUACAUACAGCAUAUUUGAGAUUAGCCAGAUAAGGUUUUUAACUUUUCCUAAGCUAAAUACUAGAUAUUUAAGAAAACUUAUAUUUUUUAUAGAGUCAUUCAAGAUUUACAAAAUGACAAAGGAAUUUACGGUUACAGUAGGAUCCACUGUAAUGCUGGAAAUAUAGCAGUAAAAUUGUUCACACAAAGACACCACAAACAUUGGUAUGGUAAUAGUCAGAUAAUAUGUUUAGUAAUAUUAUUAGAAAGAUAAAUAUUGUUCAGGACAUUGAGAAUAACUCCCUGAAUUUCUUCACUAAUCAAGACCAUAAAAUGUGGAGCAGAAUUAGGCCAUUUGGCCCAUCAAGUCUACUCUGCUGUCUGAUUAUAUUGAUUUAUUUUCCUUCUCAACCACAAAAUGCCAUUUUAUAACUAGCUACAGCACAGAUGGGGCAAAAUUUAACAUCUCGAAUACUUUCCUGAAAUAUCAACCAAGGUUAUCUCAGGAGUGGAACAAAACCCAGCUCUGUCACAACUGACAAACAAUGAUCCAGUGCUGAGAUACACCCCAGAGAAAGUGUCACAGGUUGAUAAGAAAAUGUGGAUACUCUCUCAGUAGGAUGACAAGAGCUUACACUCUCAACCACAACUCUUGAUUUUUCCCUGGACCAACUGGUUCUGAUUGAUCCACUGUCAGUGAGGCAGUACCCACCUUCGGCUGAACAUUUAAUUACAGGUCCUGCCUUUUGCUUUUAGACUUUAUGAUUUUAUAUUCCGAGUGGUAACAGGGCAACACCAAUGAAGACUGAUCUUAAGUGGAUAACCAACUUGAGGACACGCCUGUUAAGUUAGGUCAGCCUGAGUACCGAGAUUGGGAUAAGUGGUCGGAAGAACUGUUGUUAUGUUGCAAAAGGAAGGAACACACAUGAGACUCUCAUCAAUAAGUUGUUGUCUGAGAUUGACUGUGGACAGCAUUGUUGAUACUUUCGCAUAGAUUACCGAUCUAUUUCUUUCUCAGUUUCCUCAUUCUUCUGUACUUGACAACUGUUGGAUUCUGGUAAUUCUAGUGAAAUUAUAAAUUAAUAAAUUAGCCAGAUUGAGGUGAACUACACCUGCUACAGGAAACUGGAGAACGGGGCAGGUUCCAGAGGACUGGAGGAUAGCUAAUGGUGUUCUGGUGUUCAAGGAAGGAUCUAAGAAUAAGCCAGGAAGUUAUAGGCUGGAGAGCCUGAAGUCCAGACUAGGUAAAUUAUUGGAAGGUAUUCUGAGGGACAAUGAAUAUAAGUAUUCGGAUGAACUUAAUGCAGACAAAUCUGAGAUGUUGCACUUUGGGAGGACCAACAAGGAUAGGACUUGAAUGUAAGAAAGGAUAAGCCAAUGAUUAUGUACAAACGCAGGCAGAGUAAAGAGUUAAAUUGUACCACAGAGGCAAAAUUUUAAAUGGCGAAGAAUGCAGGACUGAAGAUGCUGUAUUUAAACGCGUGUAGCAUUCCAAUAAGGUGGACAAACUUGUGGCACAAUUAGAAAUUGAUCAGUAUGAGGUUGUGGGCCUCACUGAGUCAUGGCUGAAAGAAGGUCAUAGUUGGAAACUGCAAGGGUGAAAAUAAAGCAUUAUGGGAAUCAUAUAUAAGCCUCCAAAUAGUAGCCAUGAUGUGGGGUUGAGAUUGCAAAAGAAGCUGGAAAAGGCUAAUAAGGCUAAUGACACAAUUGUAAUGGAGGACUUCACUGUGCAAGGGGAUUGGGAAAAUCAAAUUGGUGUCAGAUUGCAAGAGAGGGUAUUUGUCGAAUGACUAUGAGGUGGCUUUUUAAAGCAGCUUGGGCUUGAGCCAACUCAGGGAAAGGCUAUCCUAGAUUGGGUCUUGUGUAACAACCCAGUUCUUAUAAAGGAGCUUAAUGUAAAGGAACCCUUAGGGGACGGUGAUCAUAAUAUGAUUGAAUUCAUACUGCAAUUUGAGAGGGAGAAGCCUAAGUCACAUGUAUCAGUAUCACAAUGGAAUUAAAGUAAUUACAGAGACAUGAGAAAGGAGUUUUCCCAGGUGGAUUGGAAGAGGAUACUGGCAGGGAUGAUGGGAGAGUAGAGAUAGAUGAAGUUUCUGGAAAUAGUUCACAAGGUGCAGGAUAGAUAUGUCCCCCAGAAGAAGUUGUUCUCAAUUGACAGGGGUAGGCAACUGUGGCUGACGAGGAAAGUUAACGACUGUAUAAAAGCCAAGGAAAGGGCAUAUAAGGUAGCAGAAGUGAAUGGGAAGUUGGAUGAUUGGGUAGCUUUUAAAAUCCAACAAAAGGCAAUGAAAAAGUCAUAAGAAGGGAAAAGAUUUCAUGAAAGCAAACUAGCCAAUAAUAUGAAGCAGGAUAUCAAAAGUUUUCAGUUAUACUAGACCAGCAGUCCCCAACCAACUGACUCAUAUAGCAAAGCAUGUGCUAUAUGAGUCAGUUGCACCUUUCCUCAUUCCCUGUCACGCACUGUUGAACUUGAACAUAGAGUUGCCAACUGUCCCGUAUUUGCCGGGACAUCCCGUAUAUUGGGCUAAAUUGGUUUGUCCCGUAUUUUUCCUGCUAAGGUAGAGCAUUCCUAUGAAAUCUUUCGUGUUGAAAUGACGUGAAGCAAAGAAGCAAUUACCAUUAAUUUAUAUGGGAAAAUUUUUUGAGCGUUCCCAGACCCAAAAAAUAACCUAACAAAUCAUACCAAAUAACACAUAAAACCGAAAAUAAAUAACACUAACAUAUAGUAAAAGCAGGAAUAAUAUGAUAAAUACACAGCCUAUAUAAAGUAGAAAUAAUGUAUGUACAGUAUAGUCAGGAAGAUGAAGGCAAAACCGAUUUGUGGGAAAAACUGGCACGUACGCGCAUACACAUAUCACAUGUGCUCGUCACGCAUGCGCGCACAGGUGCCCGUGCAAGGCUUCAUGGUCAUGGUAGUCUCUCCUGGGUAAAGUGUCCCGGGAUUUGACUGCUACCUUUGUCCCUUAUUCGGGAGUCAGAAAGUUGGCAACCCUAACUGUAAAAGACAUGUUGAGGUGAGUUUAACCCUACUUGGUCGGCCGGUCUGCAAGAAUAUUGUCAAUAUUUAACUGGUCCGCAGUGCAAAAAAGGUUGGGGACCCCUGUACUAGACAACGGGGUGACCCGUUGGGGCACCCUUUGAGAGAAGGGUAGUGCAGUCUGAUGUGACCAGAAUGAACAUUACAUUUUCCUGAAUGCUAUGGGUAUCACUUUGCUUUGGAAACUGAAGUAGUAAACCUCAGUUUAUUAAAGAGGAACGACGCGUAGCAAAGCAAAUAUAGCUGCUCCUCAUUUAACGAAGGACACUUUUGAUGCCAGCAUUUCUGGUUUAUCUGCCACCCUCGUGCCUCUCGUCAUUCUGGAGAUGUGCAGCCCUUUCAUCCCCUGUCUCUUCAUCUCUUCUGCUGUUUGUUUGUCUCUGAUCCUGGAGACGUGCAUGCCUCUCCUCCUCUGUCUCUUCUUCUCUCAUCUUUUUUUAUCCUGACUCUUUGAUUCUGGAGUCGUGCGGCCCUAGCCUCAUCUGAUUCUUGUUCUCUCCCUCUCCUUGCCGCUUCCCGACUUACGUUUGGCCUCAUCUCUUGACCAUAAUGUCCCCCUUCCCUUUCCACUCGGCAUAAUUAGGCUGACUAUAUUUUUUAUUACCCUAAUGCUGGAUAGAAGAUAUGAAGCACUAACACCAAAGGGUGCUGAUUAUUCUUGAUGAUGUUGUUGGUGCUCUCCUAAAUGGACAUGAUAUUGUCACCACUGUCCUUUGACUGCAGCAAAGGGUCUUAUGGGUGUCUCGAAGUACGUCAUUACAGUAAGAUUUAAUGAUCUCUUAUUGGUGGGUGGCAGUCAGAUCUGUCCCAAUCCUGCACGUGCUGAUGGUGAUGAGCAGAAUGUGACCCCUCGAAAUAGAGCUGCCCUGUCCUUUUGCUCCAGUAGGUGUCGCUGCUGAGGCUGGCCGUGUGCAUGCGUCGGGCUGUCGCGUCCCGAUUUCCAUGAUGGCCAAUCGGGUCUCGGCUGAAAAGGGAGCCUGUUUAUUUUGGCGAAUGAGCAAUUUUAUAUGAAUAUAUUACCCUGAACUUUGCCUGAAUUCUGUAAGUUAGCACAUUUUAAUUUGAUUUAGCCAAAUGAUGAUGCUGGUGAAGUAGUAAUGGGGGACAAAGAAAUGGCAGAUAAACUUAAUUGGUACUUUGCAUCUGUCUUCACUGUGGAAGACACCAGCAAUGUGGCAGUUGUCCGUGAGUGUCAGGGAGCAGGAGUGAGUGCCAUUGCUAUUACAAAGGACAAAGUGCUAGGUAAAUUCAAAGGUCUUCAGGUGGAUAAGUCACCUGGACCAGAUGAACUACAUCCCAGAGUCCUGAAAGAGGUUGUGGAAGAGAUAGCGGAUGCAUUCGUCAUGACCUUUCAAGAAUUACUUGAUUUUGGCAUGUUCGCGAGGACAGGUUAUUCUCUGGCAAGAUGUGAUUGGUAGGUGGGAAGCCUUCAAAGGGGAAAUUUUGAGAGUGCAGAGUUUGUAUGUUCCUGUCAGGAUUAAAGGCAAAUUGAAUAGGAAUAAGGCACCUUGGUUCUCAAGGGAUAUUGCAACUCUGAUAAAGAAGAAGAGGGAGUUGUAUGAAAUGUAUAGGAAACAGGUGGUAAAUCAGGUGCUUGAGGAGUAUAAGAAGUGCAAGAAAAUACUUAAGAAAGAAAUCAGGAGGGCAAAAAGAAGACAUGAGGUUGCCUUGGCAGUCAAAGUGAAGGAUAAUCCAAAGAGCUUUUACAAGUAUAUUAAGAGCAAAUGGAUUGUAAGGGAUAAAAUUGGUCCUCUUGAAGAUCAGAGUGGUCGGCUUUGUGCGGAACCAAAGGAAAUGGGGGAGAUCUUAAAUAGGUUUUUUGCGUCUGUAUUUACUAAGGAAGCUGGCAUGAAAUCUAUGGAAUUGAGGGAAUCAAGUAGUGAGACCAUGGAAACUGUACAGAUUGAAAAGGAGGAGGUGCUUGCUGUCUUGAGGAAAAUUAAAGUGGAUAAAUCCCCGGGACCUGACAGAGUGUUCCCUCGGACCUUGAAGGAGACUAGUGUUGAAAUUGCGGGGGCCC